AAAUGUUCAACAGACGCCAAGCGAACAUCCAAAGAAGAUCACAAGAAACACAACGGCGCUUGCAUGGAAGAGUCCACAGAAGACGAUCACUUAUCAUCGACCUUCUCCAUACAGAUGACAUCUGCGGACUCGAAUGUUUUUGGAAAAUGUGCUAUUCAGCUGAAUCGACAAUCGAGUCAGCCUAGAAUCUUGAAGGCAUGGAUGCCCGAGCUGCGAGUACUGCUCUUGUCAAUCUGCUUGUUCGCGGCUAUCAUAAUAACUCUGGGAGCGUAUCAUGGGAAGCCACCCCCCCAGUACGAUUACAACGUCAACAUCAAUGCAAUCGUCGCCGUUCUCUCAACCGUCCUUCGAGCAACACUACUGUUUGUCUGUGAAUAGUUAUUGGAUAAUCUAAAUGGCAGUGGAUGGAG